AUGGCGUCAAGAGCGAUGAUCCCGAUCCUGGUAGCCAUGAUGCUACUGACGGGCAUGUGCAACACUCUCUUUACCAAGUACCAGGACAUGCAAUGUGUCGCCAACUGUGACGAUCCCGACCCUGCCAAACGCAAGAACUUCGAGCAGCCCGUCAUUCAGACGCUACAGAUGUUUGUUGGCGAGUCCGGAUGCUGGCUUGUCGUCUUCGUCUCGUAUCUCUUCUCUCGCUACGUCAGCAAGUCUUCCGAUUCAACCGCAUACGAGCGACUCAACACCGAGGACACGCGUGAACCUCUUUUGCAAGAAGACAUCGAAGCUCCUGCCGAUGCUACGAAUGUGCCCGCCAAACCCUUCGCCGACGCAGAACACGCCGGACAAAGACUCCCGCUCAAGGGAUGGAAGAUCUUACUGCUUGCCCUCCCCGCAUGCUGUGAUAUCGCCGGAACCACCUUGAUGAAUGUGGGCUUGUUAUUUGUAGCAGCCAGUAUAUAUCAGAUGACCAGGGGUGCUCUCGUACUCUUCGUCGGACUCUUCAGCGUCAUCUUCCUCAAGAGACAGCUGAAUGCUUUCAAGUGGGCCAGCUUGUUCAUUGUCGUCGCAGGAGUGGCUGUAGUUGGUCUGGCCGGAGCCCUGGAGAACAAGAAGGCCACCGUACCCGGAACUGCACCUGGAGCCGAUCCUCCGAGCAUGGGCGAACUUCGACACCAGAUGGCCCAUGGCACCAUACACCUGAUUCGUGACGCCGCCAAGAGCGUCACAGUCGCUGCGCGAGAACACUCGGCAGCUCAAACCAUGGUUGGAAUGCUCUUGAUCGCGGGAGCGCAGAUUUUCACGGCAUCACAAUUCGUUAUUGAAGAAAGCAUCAUGGCAAAGUAUGAACUAGACCCUUUGGCCACUGUUGGAUGGGAAGGAGUGUUUGGAUUCUCGGUCACAGCUAUUGGUAUGGUGAUUCUGCACUUUGCAGUUGGACGUACGGACGCUGGCAGAGGAGGAUACUUUGAUGCAAAGGAAGGACUGUCGCAGGUGUUUCAGCACCGAGCGAUUGCUGCCAGCAGUUUGUUGACGAUGGUUUCGAUCGGAGGGUUCAACUUCUUCGGGCUGUCGGUGACUCGUACAGUGUCUGCCACAGCACGCAGUACCAUCGACACAUGCCGAACAUUAUUCAUCUGGGUAGUCAGUUUGGGACUAGGAUGGGAGACAUUCAAGUGGCUGCAAGUGGUAGGAUUCGGACUGCUGGUGUACGGCACCAUGGUGUUCAAUGAGAUCAUCCAGCCGCCUACCGUUGGAUUCUUGCGCAAGCGAAUUGCGCUUGAGCCGGAAGAUGACAGAAGAGGGAGAAGUGAUUAG